AUGCUGCAGCACGACGCGGUCCAGGCCGUGCUUGAUACGAUACUCUUGCAUACACCCAACUCCCUUGAAGCCAGCUGUUUUGUCCGCACGAGCACCGAUAUCACGACUUCCCGACGAUAUUUUGACACAAAUAUUUACUUAUGCUGCCCAUCCUUCCUCGAUGUAUGCAAGCACGAGCACAACAUCGAUCGCCAUAGCCGGAACGAAUCGCCAUUGGAGAACGCUGGCUCUGGGCCAUCCAGCACUAUGGACGCGUACGCACGCGAUGCUCCACUCUCGCGAACUUUGGCCCCACACGUCAACCGAGUCAAGCAGCUCUGGAUACAGACCGCCUCGGUCCAUACUGAAGCAUUUUUGAAAUCCAUCGCGGGAGGCAAAACCAGCCAGUUGGAGCGCCUAGUCGUCACCGGUCGAUACACGGAUGACCACCCCCUCGAACUUCCGCCAAAUUUAUUAUCGAGACUCAAACAUCUCAGUUUGACCCAUGCAUUUCUGGCUCCCACACCCGUGCCCACCAACCUACUAUCACUGUCGCUCAAACCACCCCCUGGUGCGCCUCCAUUACCCCUAUCAACACUCACAGCUCUUCUCAAGGAGAGCCCCAACCUGACGGACCUCUCGUUGUUUGGCAACGCCGUACCGAUAUACAAACCAGGAGAUCCGCAACAGGAACGCAUAGAUUUGAGCAAACUAAAGACGUUGAAAGUUGCGAGUGUAAAUCCCGUACAAGCAGCAUGGUUGUUGUUCCACAUCUCCCACCCAUCAGGCACCCUCCUUACCCUCGACCUUGAGCCCUCCCGCCCGCUUCGAACUAUCUCAUUCGACCGUCCUCGCGCGCCUGACUUUUCGCGCCCUCGACCCCCAGGCGAACUCGAAUCGUACUAUGCAGUGUUGACUAUGUUCAGAGGUGGCGCGAUCCCGCUCGAAACCAUCACCCUUGGACCAGCAAUUUCUGAGAGUAAACAACAGCAGGUGAUCGAGGUGAAACAAGUAGGAGACGGAAAGCAGCAAGACACGGUUCAGGAAGAGGAAAUAACAACCGAGAAGCUUUCUGCUCAGUAUACUUCAAGCACAUCCACACUUUCUCUUGCGGCUGGUUCACGCGCAACAGAGGCUUUGGCACGAUUACUCUCCACUCCCGUCCAAGGGGUAUCCAAACUCUGCGUGAACGGGCUCAAACUUAGCUUAGAGAGAUUGGAAGAAGUGAAGAGGGGUGGGGAAGAAGGAUGUCAAAUCAGAACCAUCGAGAUUCGUGCGUGUUCGUUGCCCAUUUUGCAAAAAGGCGAACGACCUCGCACAAACGAAUUUAACGGAGAGAGACCGAGAAGGGGCCCACCACCUCCUACGCCGUCCCAGACGUCUCCCACCUCCGGACCGGGGCAAAAUCCCACAUCCGUUCCACAAGCACAGCCCUCGACCUACUCAAGCCCCAAAUCCAACACCCUCUCCCCUCCUCAGCCCCAGCCAGCCAAUUUUUCAAACCCGUACUCGUCCACUGGAUUCCCAACACCCUCUCCCGGCUCUGCUACGUUCCUUCCGGCUGCUACAACAACAGGAUACCCAACCCCCGCUCCUCAACAUUCGAACUUCCCGAUCUGGACCCCGUACACGGCCAGUCAUGAGCUGACCACACCCUGGGCAUGCGGCGGGGGCUUCAACGGCGUGGGCGGGAGAUUCGAUUCAAACGGAACAGGUUCAAACGGCGACACGUUGAAUUCGCCUCUUUCUUCCGAGGGGGGCACAACCACCACGGGCACCGCCGUCCCCGAACAGGAACCCGACGUCUCCAAUACCGAAAUCGACCCGAACCUUUCUUCGUCCACGCACAGCGCACUGUCCGGAUCCGUACAUAGCACGUCUGGGGACACGACUCUGGCUAGUAUCGCUUCUUCCGAAGACGCGAAUCACCUAGAGGACGAGCAGGCGGAUGAAGGAGAGGGCAACGAGACGGGAUCUGAGAUUUCGGAUACCGACGCGGUGGUCAAUCUAAACGCGACCGAAGCUGUCGGGGAGCGGAGGAGGAGCUCAUUGGGGAACAAGGGCCGGCCCGGGAAACUGAGGGAUGAUAUCCUUGCCAAGCUGAGAGAGGACGUACUGGGGAAAGCUCGAGAGGAUGUUGGGAAGACUCGGGCUGAUUCUGCUGGAAAGUCGCGAGAGGCAGAUAAGGCUCGUACUAAUGCCGGAAGUGACAAGAACCUAGGUGGGGGAAGUAGUACUGCAGGGACUGUUGGGACGGGAGGCGGAUCUGGGUCGAGUACGCCGAUGGCGUUUGCAACUCCAGCCGCCCAGAUUCGGGGGCUACCAGGUGGUGCAAGUCAAGUCAAUGACGUGAAUGGUGGAGUUCAUGUCAGUGGUACAACUAGCACAGUGCAAACCAAUGGAACACAGACUAAUGGUCUCAACACGACCAAACCUCUAUUACCCAGUGCGACCAGUGCACCCCUUCUUUCUACCACCGCCCUACCUACGAUCCCCAAUACAGUUCAACCGCAACUCAGCCGUGUAGCCACAGCUCCUCAAUUGGACCAACUGAAGCUUAAAUCCAACCACCUCCGCCCGAGCAACUCUUCUUCCAGCCUCCGUAAGCCGCUUGGUUUCGCGCCGUACGCGAGCAGUGUGGCCGUUACUGGCUUUGGGAUCGAAACAAACGUUGCAAGCACAAAUACGCGCGCCCCUCUCCGUUCACCCACAUUCCCGUUCUCCACCCAACCUUCGUUCCAUACGCUUCGACACCCCGGUGACCCCGACAUCCGACUCCUAACCAUCCUCUCGUUCCACAUGCCCCAACUUGAAGAAUUGCGAAUUGUACGAAGCACAAUCCGAGGUGCGGCGCUGAUCAAGUUUAUCGAGUCGAGGAAUAAUUGCUCCGAAGAAGACGAUGGGAGUGAUUCGGACUCGGAGAGUGGUAAGGCGGGACCUGGGACCCCGAUUCUGAUGCUGGAGUUGGUUGAGUGUCCAUAUGUGAGUGCGGAGCAUGUGAGGGUGCUUCGUGAGAGUGUGGAUGAUGUACGGUGGAAAGCGUAUACGUACAUCGGAGUUGCUGGAGGGGUGUAA